UACAAGGAUAUGUCUUCUUGUCAGUUUAGUACUGGAGUGUUCAUCCUGGUCUUGUUUUCCACCAUCUCCACAAUUGCCCAUACUCACCCCUGCAGUCAGGAGUUCUAUAACCUUGCCAGCAGAAGAAACAUUAAUCAUUGCAAGAAAUUAAAUCCUUUGGGAGCUGAAUUUGGGUGGGAGUACCACCAAGGGUCCAGUAAUAUUACCAUUUUGUUUGCAGCCAAGCUAGAGUCUGAGGUGGGAUGGCUAGCUUGGGGGGUGAACCCUCAGGACAAACCACAGAUGGUUGGGACUAGAGCCAUCAUAGGCAUCAAACAACCAAAUGGCUCACGAAUAAUCAACACCUACAACAUCACCGGUGACACCAAGCUAGGUUGCCGCCUCCUACCUACCGACAUUGAUUUGGAAGUUCGCCGCAUGAAAUUUGAGUACUUUUCUCGAAAUCAAUACUACGCAAUCAAUGCCACACUUGUUCUUCCUUCAGCAUACAACAUGUCAAGGUUAAACAUUGUGUGGCAAGUUGGUCACGCGUCCUCUGGCACCCAACCCUUGAUGCAUCCCGCCACUAUCCAACAUCUUGAUAGCUCCGAGACUAUAGACCUGAAUUCGGGUCAAGGUACUCGAAGCAUUGGAGAGCACCCAAUGCACCUUAGAAAGGUCCAUGGGAUCCUGAACAUUGUUGGUUGGGGUACAUUGAUGCCAAUUGGUGUGAUUGUGGCGAGGUACUUCAGGACAUUUCCGGUACCAAUCAAUUGGUGGUUUCGCCUUCAUAUUUUUUUUGAGAUUGUGGGAUAUACAUUAGGAACAGUAGGCUGGAUCAUUGGAUUAUGUCUUGGACAUGUUUCUGAGUACUACACCUUUCGCACUCACCGGAUUCUAGCAACAUCCAUUUUUACCUUCACAACAUUGCAGAUGGUGGCAUUGCGACUCAGGCCAAGGGCAACAGAUGAUUAUCGCAAGUACUGGGACAUGUACCAUCAUUUUCUAGGCUAUGCUCUGCUUGCUCUAAUAUCUGUGAACAUAUUUCAUGGAAUUGCCAUCUUAAAACCGCAAAAUAACUGGAAAUGGAUUUACAUUGGACUGCUUGGUAUUUUGCUCUCUAUUACUCUAGUAAUGGAGAUUUACACUUGGGUUGCAUUCGCUCGCAAAAAUAAACGAACAAAUACAACUCCAACCAACACAGAUCAAGGGAAGACUUGUGACCCCUGGGUUGCAUUGGUUCGCAAAAAUAAACGAACAAAUACAACUCCAACCAACAAAGAUCAAGAGAAGACAAGUGGGCGCUAGCCAAUUUACUCACCCUUUUAGGAAGAGACAUGUCUCUAUCUCGUACCCGAUCUGAAUAUCAGCAUCUGUUUCAAUUGAAUCACUUUGUUUCUUAGAUAUGAGUUGUAUUGUCUAUUUUUUUCACCCUUUUGGCUUGGAUUAAGAAUGUGACAUUGGUGAUGUAUCUAUUUGUUCCCAAUUUAAAAUUUAGUUGGUAGUUACAAGUGUAGCUCGUGAGAAAGUAAUACAAUACUUAAUGUAUUCAUUAUGUGGU